AUGCAGGCAGCCCAACAACCACAAGGAGGUGGAGGCCGCGAUACGGCGAUACCAUUCACCCAUCAGAGGGCCUUGAUUCCUGCCUCAACCAUAGAAUUCCCGACACAACGACUCUACGCGACUUCAGCAUUUAUCCUCUUACAAGCACUUAAAUUAUACGAUGUCUACCUCGUCUACACAGCACAUUACCCUGAAGAACAGAGCAGCAAGCUACUAAAGUGGUGGGCCUUCGAUUGCGUCUACUUGUUCGUCCUCUGGAUCAUGCAGAUUCCUUGGCUCCAGUUCAGCAAAUUCAAGACGAUUGCCCUUGCUAUCUUACUCGCCACGAUCGAUCUGUUUAUCUUUUCAAUCCCAUCGGCGGCUAUAACGACUGUGGUGUUGAAAGCAUUGCUAGGCGAUGCCCUUGGCAAGCAAAUCAGCGUAUCACGUGGGAAGAUGAUCAACGUCAAGGAUGUUGUAUUCGAUUCAUCUCAUAUUUUGGGACGACAUACUGUACAUAUUCUUCCUUAUGGAACGGCCAAGCUCAAUCCUGGAGACGAGAUUUAUUGUAUCCCAAGCAACGAGAUUGGCAGCAAAAACAUCUAUGUUCCCAUUGUUUUGAACAACACCAUCCCACGCACCAUCAGCCUUUCACGUUACGACUUCGAUACCGAGGAAUCAGUGGUCAACCAAUAUUCUGGUGGCGACAUUCACCGUGCAACCGAGAUUGGACAUGGAAAACAUGAUCUUGAGCAUUACUUUGUUCGUGUACGACAUCCUGGUGUUUACAAGUUGGAAAGCAUUAUCAGCAAAGACGGCUUGGAUGUGCGACUUUACAAUCGACUUGUUUAUGUAUUCGUUUGCCCUACUGCUGAAUUCCUUCCGGCACCAAGCCCAGACUAUUGUAGUGGAGAAAAGGACACGCUUCAAUUCCGAGUUACGGGUGUGCCCCCUCUUCGUGUAGAAUACAGUCGCUAUGUCAAUGAUCGACGUGCUAAGCUAAAGAUGGAUCGUAUUCAGCCUGAAAAUUUGGACUCGCCACUUGCAAAGAUCCCUGGUGGAUUGGAGAAUGCCGAACCCGCCUUUUUUACAUCAGCACAUCAUACAUCUUUCAAUUGGGGCGCCUCAGCACAAUUGACUAUCAAUUUGCAACACACAUUUGAGAACACCGGCGAUUACAAGUACAUGAUUGAUCGAGUGAUUGAUGGUGCUGGCAAUGUGAUGGAACCCGUUGAUCCAGCUGUUGCCCAUUUUGAUGUCCACAAGCAACCUUCCGUCAGCUUUGAAUGCAAGGCCACUGAUCCUGUCAAACUACUUAUUGGUGAACAAUCAACACAGCUGCCUCUUUCCUUAAAGGGUGAUAGCCCAUGGGAGCUUGAAUACGAGUACCUUGCUGAGAAUGCUGAUUCCACUACUGCUGCCACUCGCCACAAGACCAAGAUUAGCACUGACAAAUCGGCAUUGCAAGCUCGUGCCCCUGGUGAAUACAAGUUGUUACGUGUCUCAGACAAGUUUUGCCGUGGUGAUAUCCUCUUCCCCUCCACAUGUCAAGUUAUUCAACCACCAUUGCCAGCCGUUGGUCUUGAAGCAACUCCUAUUCCCUCCGAAUGUGCUGGUGAUACUGAAAUUGGCAUGCGAUUUGCAGCUGAUUUCCAAGGCACUCCUCCAUUUGCAUUGGAAUACCGAAUCAUCAAGCAAAAUGGUAGAUCAAAGACUGUGGUUGAAAAGAAACGUGAGCGAGUGGAUCGAUCGCGACAUGUUUUCACUUAUUUGCCAAGCUCCAGUGGUGAAUACAUUUACGAGUUUACUGUUUUGGAUGAUCGCAACUAUAAGAAUCGCAACCCCGAGAUCCAAUCUAUCAAGCAAGUUGUUCAUCCUCAACCUGAUGCCAAGUUUACUGGUUCGGCAAAGUCAGCUUUGAGAACGUGCGUUGGCGACGACAUUGAAUUACCCGUUGAGCUCAGUGGCACUGGUCCAUUUGUGCUUACAUGGGCACUUGCCAACCAAACCUAUACCGACACUAUCACUGGCAAUCGACAUGUCAUCCAUGUACCUCGCCUCUCGAGAGCUGGACACCAUGUUGUAUCUCUUGUCAAGAUCCAAGAUGCCAAUGACUGUAUCAAGGAUCUUGAAGCACGUGAUGUGAUUAUCGAUGUUCGACGCGACCGACCCAAGGUGUUCUUUUACACUGAUGAGGAAGAAGGUGCAUUGGCUUUGGUGGCUGAAGGAGAGAAGGCUAGACUACCUUUACGCUUGACGGGUGAAGGCCCAUGGAAGGUGACUUAUCGCAACGUUGACAAGGACCCAAAGAAAAUCCGCAAGCUUGUAUUACGUGAUCCAAAUGCCGAGAUUGAAGUGACUGACAAGGGUCAAUAUGAGCUAUUGAGCGUUGAGGAUGCUAUUUGUAAAGGUGAUGCCUUGCCACCGCUUUACACUGUGGAAUGGAUCGACAAGCCCAAGCUUUCCAUUGCUGAAGAUAUGGUUUCUUUGCGUGAUGAUGGUGUUUAUGAGCGUCAAGCAGUGUGCGAAGGCGUCAGUGACGCUGUUGAUAUCAUUUUCCAAGGCCAAGGACCCUUCUAUACAUCCUACAGCCAACAUCACAUCUUGCCUGGUAAGCGUGAUGGCAUGUUGCUUUCGACUGAGGAGGUGCGAUCGGGUGUUUCCAAGACUUGGAUUGGCAUGCAAACCCAACAAGGCGGCAAAUAUCGAUACAGCUUUAAUGAGAUUUCUGAUCAACGCUACAUGAACCCGCUCAAGAUUCGACCUCCUCUUGUGGUUGAGCAAACCGUACACAGCCUUCCAGCUGUCAAGUUUGCAUCCAAAUCAAGAUAUGAGCGCACGGUGUGUGUCGGCGAUACGUUUGAUUCUGAUGAUGUGGGUGCCAUUUGGCUUGAGCUUAAGGGCCAAGCGCCUUUCACUGUACGAUUGGGUCUCAAGCAUCAAUCCGAACCUUAUGGCAAGACCGUUCUUUUGGAGAAUAUUGAAUCGAACAAGUACAAGCUUGAGUUGAAGGAUGAAGUGCUUGCCCCUGGUCAAUACGAUUUGCAAUUGCUCAGCGUGCGUGACAGCAAUGGAUGUACAGCUGGUGCCAGUGGACCCGAGACGUUGCUCAUUAUUGAUGCUCAAGAUAUUGCCACCAUUGUACCCACUGAAACCUGUGCCGAGCAUUGUGUCGGUGAUACUCUCGAGUAUAGUUUGUCCGGCAUUGGUCCAUUCACUAUCUCAUACCAAUUCAAUGGCCGUAAUGAAAAGAUCAAGUCGGCUACCUCUCGAUUGACCAUGAUUGCUGAUAAGCCUGGUAACUUGACCAUCGUCUCGGUGGGUGAUCAACGCAACAAAUGUCGAUCCUUCCCCAAGGGCAUGACCAAGGUUAUCCAUCAAGUCCCCUCCUCACUUGUCAGCGGUGGUCGUGAGGUGAUUGAAAGCAUUCAAGAAGGCGAGAUGGUGCAAGCCACUGUCGAUCUUGUCGGCACACCACCUUUUGACUUUGAGUGGCAGCGUAGUGAAACCAUUUGGGACAGCAACAAGAAGCGAUACUUCAAGGGUGAUGUUCUUGAGCGACACACGGUGCAUAACGUAGAGGAUCAUCAUUACGCCAUCAAUACUUCAGUAGAGGGUGUCAUUGAGGUGGUGAGAUUGAAGGAUCGUUAUUGCCAAUAUCCACGACAGCAUUUGUAA